UGAUCUCUUCCCUCUCUCAUUUCUUCCCCCUCCUUUCUCUCUCCCUCCCCCUCUUUCUCUCUCCCUCCCUCUCUCUUGCUCCCUCCCUCUCCCUUUCUCUCCGGCUCUGAGGUUGGCAAAGGGGGUUUUCUUAAUCAGACUGUUUUUGGACCCAAGGAAAGGAGGAAGAAGGAGGUUGUGAUGGAGAAAGGGGGUCUGUGAAACGUCAGGCACGGCACAAAGGCUUUGCCACGUAAUUACAGGCUCCUAUUAAGUCGAGAUCUGCCCUCCCAGGGGUCUCCAAUUUUCUUGUAUUCCCUACAAAGCCUCCUCUGCAUGCCAGUUUGUGCCUUUUGAUGUGCCAGAGAGCUUCUUGAUCCAACUGAGAAGGAAAAAGGAGCCCAGCAAGAAGAGGGGGAGAGAGAGAAGGGAAAGGGGGGAACCCACCAGCACCCUCCAUCGGACUCUUGAAGCCCAAUUUUUUUUUAAUUCUUAAUUUUUUUUUAACUCCUUACAAAAAGUAAAGUGAGAAUCCUGCUCUCUAAUACAUCUGCAAGACAUCACCCUCUCCUCCUGAAACUUUAGUCACUCCUGAGAAUCCACAGGAGUGCAGAGAGGGGGGAACACGUUUUCUUGAAGAUGUUUUAAAGCUGGAACAAGCCUUCUUCUGUUGGUGCUUGAACUCUUGCCUGGGAAUAACUUUUUUAACCUUUAAAAAAACCCUCCACUUUGAUUCUUCUCUCCCACCCCUUCUUCUCUCUUCUUCUGUUUGCCUAACUCCCCCGCCCUGCUGGCCUCCGCUUUCCUCUCUCCCCCUUAUUAUUAUUUUUAGUCUGUGCCUGUGGAUGCUUUUGGAGAGUUGGAAGGGAUUUUUUUUCUCCUGACUUGAACAUAGGGUGACUUUUUAAUAUUGUAUUUUGGUGUGGAUUAUCUCUUUGGACCGCGCCGGACUUGGCCUCAGGAAAGCAACCAAGGCUACGGAAGGCGGCUGGUGCAGAACGCUCUGCUCUACAGAAGGGGGUCCCCCGCCCUCUUUUCCACUUUUUUUUUUUUUUUUGGCCUUCCUCUCUUUCCCUCCCUCUUCCUCUCUCUCUCUCUCUCUCUCUCUCUCUCUCUCUCUCUCUCUCUCUGUCUGCACUGCCCCCCUCUUUCUUCCCCACUCGGCUCCUCUCCCCCCUCGCGCCCACAGCGUUUGGUGUUGAUUCGAGCGGGAAGAGGGGGGUGGGUGGGAUCGGUGGGGGAGACCAUGACCUCCAGCUACGGGCACGUUCUGGAGCGGCAACCGGCGCUGGGCGGCCGCUUGGACAGCCCGGGCAACCUCGACACCCUGCAGGCGAAAAAGAACUUCUCCGUCAGUCACCUGUUAGACCUGGAGGAAGCCGGGGACAUGGUGGCGGCACAGGCGGACGAGAAUGUGGGCGAGGCUGGCCGGAGCCUGCUGGAGUCGCCGGGACUCACCAGUGGCAGCGACACCCCGCAGCAGGACAAUGAUCAGCUGAACUCAGAGGAAAAAAAGAAGAGAAAGCAGCGAAGGAAUAGGACAACUUUCAACAGCAGCCAGCUGCAGGCUUUGGAGCGUGUCUUUGAGCGGACACACUAUCCUGAUGCUUUUGUGCGAGAAGACCUUGCCCGCCGGGUGAACCUCACUGAGGCCAGAGUGCAGGUGUGGUUUCAGAACCGAAGAGCCAAGUUCCGCAGGAAUGAGAGAGCCAUGCUAGCCAAUAAAAAUGCUUCCCUCCUCAAAUCCUACUCAGGAGACGUGACUGCUGUGGAGCAGCCCAUCGUACCUCGUCCUGCUCCGAGACCCACCGAUUAUCUCUCCUGGGGGACAGCAUCUCCGUACAGAUCCUCGUCCCUCCCAAGAUGUUGUUUACACGAGGGGCUUCAUAACGGAUUCUAACGGAAGACACUGAAAAGCGCCAUGGCUACAUAUUCUGCCACAUGUGCCAACAAUAGCCCUGCACAGGGCAUCAACAUGGCCAACAGCAUUGCCAACCUGAGACUGAAGGCCAAGGAAUAUAGUUUACAGAGGAACCAGGUGCCAACAGUCAACUGAGGAAAAAUAAUUAAACAGGCCUAAGAAGAAAUCAAAAACCAUAAGACACCUAUCCCGCUCUGUUAUUUCUUCAUCUGCUGGGGGAAAAAAGUAAAUCACAAACAAACAAAAAACAGAACUAAAACAUUGGGACCAUGGCAGAGAAAAGCAGGAGAGGAGCAAAAUGAAAAUUAGUUAACAAAUGUUCUUCCUCCCUCUGGGAUACCACCACCACUUGUUUCUGUGUGUGCUUAUUUUGUUUUUCUUCCUAUUCAUGCUUUGCUUAAUAUACUCCAAGCUUCUUCAGCUAGGUUCAGCCCACCCAGCCACCCCCAUGAGUGUAUAAAGUUAUUUUAAAAACUACAGCAGCCAAAGAAACUAUAUAUA